AACUAAUUUUUUUUAUUACACCUUGAUUACGAAAGUAGGAAGUUAUUUCCAUCAAAAAGUUUCAGUUGCAUUUUAGGAAGUCGGACGCUACUGAGCAGUUAGGUACGUGUACAUUGACAAUGGCCGAGUCGACUAGCGAAAUCAAUUCAACCAUUGAAAUUCCAUCUGAAAUCAAUUCGAUCGAAGAAUCUGGUGCUGAACAGCAACCUGUCCAGCCAGUUAAUAACCAGAAUGCGAAUCAAAAGAAGGUGACAUGGAAGGAUUCAAUCAGAAAUCUGUUUUCAUUCGGACGCAAUAAUGAGAGCGAUACAAGGGACGGUCCCGAUGCAAAUUCUACUGCCGGAUGGCGACAAAACAAUUCAAUCAUGAUUUCGGAAGGAAUAAACAACAAGAAAACGUUGGCCAACGGACUGAUGGAUUUCGCUUUCCUGACGGCCAACGCCAAUCAGCUGCAUAACGCCGUCGUCAGCAGCGAAAGCCAAGAACGGACGGCCAGCAUCGUCCUCAUUUCCAUUAGCAUUCUAUUCCAGAUUACUGUGGGCUUUCUGUUAAUUUUCGGCUCUUACAUCCAAUCGAAAUUGGAUAGCGCGACCAACAGCGAGUUGCAAGGUGAUGCUGACCAACAACCGAAUAUCCAGGCCAAAUUAUUUUGGAUCAAUUUGAUUAAUCACGCGACGAUCGGGCUGGUUUUCUUGGUCGCCGUAAUCAACAUUUUUAUCGCUUCUUUCACUCACUCGUAGAAUGACUAGAAUCUUAAAAAAUAAAAAGCAACACUUUGUAAAACGUUCAUUAUCAUUAUUCUUUUCUAAAUAGCUACCGAAAUGUUGAAUUUUUUAUUGUUCAAAGAUUUAAAAAGAAAAAAAAAAGUUUAUUUGAACGAGCCGCUUCAAUUACCAGGUAACAAAAAAAAAUAAAAAAAAUAAAAAAAAUAAAAAGUUGUUAAAAGGUGUACACUUUCGCAUGUUUGGUGUAUAGACACCCCCUCCCCUAAUAUACCUGGGAGCCGCCGAACAACCUGGAACCCCCCUACUGUGCAAUGGUGGUGGUGUCUUCGACUAUGUCUGAGGUGGGAGGGCGGAAAAGAAAAGAAGAAUCUUUUGGCGCCUCCCUGUCGCCCCUCAUUUUCUAAACUCGUCUCACGGCGUGUGUACGUACUACUACUACACCAGAGUCGUGUGUUGUUUAAUCACCUCCCCCAAUUCAUAUGCGCUCGCGCGCACGUAGAAAAAGAAAAAAAGAAUUUGAUUCUUUUGUUUUUAAAAA